AUGGCUACAAAGGAGGCAGAGGUGGCGUCGACCGAGCACCCGACGUACACACACGCCGAUGGAACCAACGGCCACGACCUCGGUCGCCAGAUCUCGGUCACGCUCACUCCGCAGCAAUUCGAAGAACUGUACCUUCAGCCGGGGAUCAAGUCUCAGAAGCAGCUGGGGCUCGUCAAGACGCUGGGCAACCCGACUGCACUGGGCAUUGUCUCGUUCGUCAUCACCUUUGGCCCGACCUCGUGCUGUCUGAUGGGAUGGCGCGGGGCAUCUGCCAACUCGCUCCUCGCCUUGAUUGGCGCCUACUACUUUAUGGGCGGUAUGGCACUCUACGUCGCGGGCAUCCUCGAGUUCAUCAUCGGAAACACCUUCCCCGCCCUCGUCUUUACGAGCUUCGGCACAUUCUGGCUUACGCUCGGAGGAUUCCUUGACCCGCGCAAUGCGGUUCAGACGUCCCUGUUGACAGCAGAGGGUGGAAGUGCCGCAACGUACUAUGUGCCCUUUGGCUACUAUCUCGUGUGGUGGGCCGUGUACACGUACUUCCUGACCUUCGCCGCGUUCAGGACCAACGUGGUGCUGGUUUGGAUCCUGCUCUUUGUCGCGCUGGCCUUCAGCACCCUGGGCGGCGCAUACCUCAAGUUCGGCGAGGGCGCAGCGAGCGAGGCGGCCAAACUGGUCACCGCCGCGGGCGCCUGUGGCUUCGUGGCGUGUCUAGGCGGUCUGUACAUCUUGCUCCACCUGUGUCUGGCUGCCACCGACUUCCCCUUCAACAUCCCGCUCUUCGACCUCGCCCAUCUGUGGGGCUCCAAGCAGUAA